UCCGGCGGUAAGCGCGCGAGAGUGUAUGGUCCUCAUCCGAGAAGGCGGAAGAUGGCGUCGAGAGGGAGCGGAGCCGCUGCCGGGGGCGAGAACCGGUUGGUGUCGUUACCUUUGUCGCGGAUCCGGGUGAUUAUGAAGAGUUCACCCGAAGUCUCCAGCAUCAACCCGGAUGCGAUUUUCCUCACCGCCAAGGCGACGGAGCUGUUUGUACAGUAUUUAGCUACUAAUUCCUACAAGCAUGGCCAGGGCAAGGAGCACAAAGCCCUAACAUAUACUGACCUUUCACAAACUGUAGAGAAUUCUGAAACUUUCCAGUUCCUUGCAGAUAUUGUGCCAAAGAAGAUCUUGGCGAGCAAAUACUUAAAAAUGCUUGAAAAAGAAAAAGAAGGAAAAGAGACAAAGGAGGAAGAAGAGGAAGAGGAGGAAAGUGAAGCUGAAGAAGCAACUUGACAGUAAAGCAGGUCAAUUUACAUUAUGGCCUUGUUGUAUGAACACUUUUUAAUGACUUGUGGUCAAGUAAAUUCCUACAUCCUUGAACCAAUGAAUUCUCAGAAUUGCCAGUUUGUGUACAAUUACUCUGCAGAAUAUGACAAAGACUUCCAUGUGGGACUGAACACAUAUGCAGAUCCUUGUUUUUCAUCUUGAGCUUACAAACACGAUUAUAUGGAUGCCUGCUCGUAAUAUACCAAACAUUCUUGUUAAUUGAAUACUGUAUUUUCAAUAGAGAAUCAUCUUCUCUGCCCACAUUGGGCAAAUCUAAAAGUUUAUAACUACUUUUACAUGCCAAUAUUAUUGCUUGCUUUCCUUUCAGUGUAAGUUAAUAAAAAAUGUUUCAGAUUCCCUAAAA